ACUUACAGUAAUGGAGCCGAAUUGUUAGUUGGCCAGCUACUUAAAUUCAACCAACUCCUACACAUUUAUUGGCGGGAAUAGACUACUCGUCCUCCAUGGAUUCUCCGUGAUAUACCUCUCAUUUCUAUGCUUCAUUCUAUAAUUCUCUCUCUAUUUGGAACCAGUCUCUGAUCACGUUAUGGAUCAGAAUUCUCCUCAAGAAAUGGACCAAUCGUCAUCACAAUCAAGCAAAACAACACCAAGUGUUUCCUUCUUUGGUUUAUUCUCUGCUGCAGAUAAAAUUGAUUAUCUCUUAAUGUUUUUAGGAAGUGUGGGCGCAUGUAUUCAUGGUGCUUCACUUCCUGUAUUUCUCAUCCUUUUCGGUCGCAUGAUUAAUUCCCUCGGAAAUUUAGCUGUGGAUCCUCAUAAAAUGUCUUCACAAGUCUCCAAGCAUGCUUUGUAUUUAGUGUAUUUAGGGUUUGUGGUUUUUGUAUCAGCUUGGAUGGGUGUUGCAUUUUGGAUGCAAACUGGUGAGAGGCAAACUGCUCGUUUGCGUCUUAAAUACCUUCAGUCGAUUUUACGAAAGGAUAUGAAUUAUUUCGACACAGAAGCCAGAGAUUCCAACAUCAUAUUUCACAUUUCUAGUGAUGCAAUACUAGUUCAAGACGCAAUUGGUGACAAGACAGGCCAUGCUAUUCGCUAUCUUUCGCAAUUUACUGUUGGAUUUGCCAUUGGAUUUGCAUAUGUAUGGCAGCUAACACUCCUCACAUUGGCUGUGGUUCCACUGAUAGCUCUUGCCGGUGGUGCUUACACAAUAAUCAUGUCUACCUUAUCAAAAAAAGGAGAGGCUGCUUACGCUGAGGCUGCCAAGGUUGCAGAAGAGGCUAUAUCGCAAAUUCGGACUGUAUACUCAUUUGUAGGAGAGGCUAAAGCAAUUGAAGCAUACUCCAAGUCUCUUAAAAAAGCACUAAAAUUAGGGAAGAAAAGUGGGGUUGCAAAAGGAGUUGGUGUUGGAUUUACAUAUGGGCUAUUGUUCUGUGCUUGGGCAUUGCUUCUUUGGUAUGCCAGCAUUUUAGUCAGACAUCACCACACAGAUGGGGCAAAAGCAUUUACAAUGAUCAUCAAUGUCAUUUUCAGUGGAUUUGCUCUCGGUCAAGCUGCUCCAAGCCUCGCCGCAAUUGCCAAAGGCCGAGCUGCUGCUGCCAAUAUCAUUCAUAUGAUCAAAACAGACACCACAACAUCUAAAAGCGCGGAAGAUGGUUUUAUAUUGCCAAAAGUAGAUGGGAAAAUUGAGUUCUGCGAUGUCUUUUUUGCUUACCCCUCGCGAUCUAAUAUGGUUUUUGAAAAUCUGAGCUUUUCAAUAAGUACAGGGAAGACAUUUGCAAUUGUUGGUCCCAGUGGUUCAGGAAAGAGCACUGUUAUAUCAAUGGUUCAACGUUUUUAUGAACCCAAUUCAGGUAAAAUACUAUUGGAUGGACAUGAUUUUAAGACUCUUCACUUGAAAUGGCUGAGAGAACAGAUGGGAAUGGUCAGUCAGGAACCAGCAUUAUUCGCCACGACCAUAGCCGAUAAUAUUCUGUUGGGAAAAGAAGAUGCAAGCUUAGAUCAGGCCAUUGAAGCUGCAAAAGUUGCCAAUGCGCAUUCUUUCGUUCAACAACUGCCAGAUGGCUAUCAAACUCAGGUAGGAGAAGGUGGAACUCAGCUUUCUGGGGGACAAAAGCAAAGAAUUGCUAUAGCAAGAGCAGUGGUGAGAAAUCCAAAGAUACUACUUCUAGAUGAGGCUACUAGUGCACUCGAUUCAGAAUCAGAGCUCGUUGUUCAGCAGGCCCUCGAUAAAAUCAUGUCAAAUCGGACUACAAUUAUUGUUGCACACCGGCUAUCUACAAUUCGAGAUGUUGAUACUAUCAUUGUUUUGAAGAAUGGUCAAGUUGCUGAGAGUGGGAGCCAUUUGGACUUGUUAUCUAAGGCAGGAGAGUAUGCAAGUCUUGUGAGCUUGCAAAUAUCAUCAGAACAUUCGAAACAUUCAAGUUCAAUAGACAAUUCCGAAACAGCAGGAAACUCUAGCUUUCGAGAACAUGAUUUUGAAAAUCAAAACAAUAAGGAGAUACAGUCAUUAAAUGAUGAAAGCAUUGUCGCAGCCAACCGUGCUUCCACUCCAUCGAUUUGGGAAUUACUAAAGCUAAAUUCACCAGAGUGGCCUUAUGCGGUACUUGGAUCAGUAGGCGCCGUUUUGGCUGGCAUGGAAGCUCCUAUGUUUGCUCUUGGGAUAACACAUGUUUUGACUGCAUUUUACAAUCCUGAUGCUUCUGAAAUGAAACACGAGAUUCAAAGAGUAGCUCUGAUUUUUGUUGGACUGGCCGUUAUUACAAUUCCUAUAUAUCUUCUCCAACAUUACUUCUAUACAUUAAUGGGAGAGCGUCUCACCUCUCGUGUGCGUUUAUCGAUGUUUUCAGCUAUACUCUCCAAUGAAAUAGGGUGGUUUGAUUUAGAUGAGAAUAAUAUAGGCUCAUUGACAUCAACGUUAGCUGCUGACGCAACCUUGGUGCGGAGUGCUCUUGCUGACCGCCUCUCAACAAUCGUGCAGAAUGUAGCACUUACAGUGACAGCCUGUGUUAUCGCCUUCACGUUGAGCUGGCGAGUAGCCUCUGUUGUUGUUGCCUCCUUCCCUCUGCUUGUUGGAGCUUCCGUAGCUGAGCAACUAUUUCUCAAGGGGUUUGGAGGAGACUAUCAUGCUUACUCUAGAGCCACGUCCGUGGCACGAGAAGCACUCACGAAUAUUCGCACGGUGGCUGCAUUUGGGUCUGAAGAACGAAUCUCUUAUCAGUUUUCCUCUGAACUAAACAAGCCAAACAAGCAAGCACUCUUACGAGGACAUAUUUCAGGUUUUGGCUAUGGCUUUUCACAACUCUGUGCUUUCGGUUCCUACGCACUUGGCCUUUGGUACGCAUCAAUUCUGAUCAGACACAGAGACUCGAAUUUCGGGCAAGUCAUGAAGUCUUUCAUGGUUUUGAUUAUCACCGCAUUGUCUAUAGCUGAAACGCUUGCUCUUACACCAGACAUUGUGAAGGGUUCUCAGGCACUCGGAUCGGUUUUCAGGAUUCUCAAUAGAAGAACAGUUAUAGAUACUGAUAAUCCAACAUCAAAUAUGGUAGCUGAUGUUAAAGGAGAUAUUGAUUUCAGGAAUGUGAAUUUCAAGUACCCUGCUAGACCUAACAUUGCUAUUUUUCAGAAUCUAAAUCUUCAAAUUCCUUCAGGCACAAGCCUAGCUAUUGUGGGUCAAAGUGGAUCAGGCAAGAGUACAAUAAUCGCCCUGGUACUCCGAUUCUACGAUCCUAUUUCCGGGGAAAUUCUGAUCGACGGAUGCAAUAUAAAAGCCUUAAACCUGAAGUCACUCCGGGGAAAAAUAGGACUAGUCCAACAAGAACCAGCAUUAUUCUCCACAACUAUUUACGAAAACAUCAAAUAUGGAAACGAAAACGCAUCAGAAAUUGAGAUAAUGAAAGCAGCAAAAGCAGCAAAUGCUCAUGGAUUCAUCAGCAGAAUGCCUGAAGGGUACCAAACUGAUGUGGGCGAUAGAGGAAUGCAAUUAUCAGGAGGACAGAAACAAAGAGUAGCCAUUGCUAGAGCAAUACUUAAAGACCCUUCAAUUCUUCUUCUGGAUGAAGCAACGAGUGCAUUGGAUACAGCAUCAGAGAACCUGGUUCAAGAGGCUUUAGAUAAACUUAUGCAAGGAAGAACAACUAUUUUGGUAGCUCACAGGUUGUCGACAAUUCGCGAUGCCGGUAGUAUUGCUGUACUGCAAAAUGGGAGAGUAUCUGAAAUUGGCAGCCAUAAACAGCUGAUUGGAAAACCUGAUAGUAUUUAUAAGCAAUUGGUUAGCCUACAACAAGAUACAAGCUGCAUUGAGUGAUUAAACCAAACCCUAACCAAACCAACAAAUUCCGAUCGGUUAUAUUUUGGAUAUAAAUAAAUUUAGUUAAAAUUUUAGUGUAUAUCAAACCAAAUCAAAAAAGCGACUGCACCAACUAGUUCAGUUCAGUUCGGUUUGAAUUUUUUCAAUUACUUAAAAUUUUGGUAUAGUUUUUUUAGAAAAUAAGCACUAUGUCAUUUGGUUCAAAUCGAAUGCAUACCCGAGUUAUGAUAGAAGUGAUGCUUUUGAAAGAAAUUUGAACAUUUUGGUAAGGAAUGAAUGUAAAUGCAAUUUGUUGAUAUAUUCAAGCACUAAUAAGGUAUAUUAAUGGUAUAUUUUUUUCUAAA